AUGAAUAUAAUGCGUGCGGAACAUGCAAAAAAUUUGCAAGCAAAUGCCAUUAAAAUGUUAAAGUUACAGGGUGUUUCGCUGACCGCAGCGGCUAUGGAAACGAUCUCUGACAAAUAUUCAAAUUCAUUAAAAUAUUUAUGCCUUAUGGGUGCGCUUGUACACACACCCGACGGUGCAACAUAUCUGAAAGCGCUGU